AUGGAGCUGUCUGAGGGGAGGACACACCCUGACCAAGACGGACCUUCACCUGAUGGGGGGACGUCACAAUGUGAAGCUUCGACCCCUGACCUGUCCAGGUAAGGCUGCUGUGUCACCUGAGAGGAGGUCAGUGUGGAUUCAAGAGAGUCAAACCUUCUCCAGCUCCUCCAAUCUGCUCUUUGACACAUGGAUACACACAUGUUUGUCUUCACCUGUCCUUCAGUUUACGUCCUCCUGCUCCCUCGCUCUCGGUGGACCUCAGUCCCUCCCCCGCUGAGGCCCCCGGCGGUUUGUUGUCGUUGCCGUGGGAGAUGUUGACCAACAUCGCCUCUCAUCUUCCCGCUCAGUGUGUCCUCGACGUUCUUCCAAAGGUGACGUCUCCUUACUCCUCUAAUAGUCCUUUGUUUUUCACUCAGAUGGAUCUGAAGAUGAUCCUCCUCCUCCUCCUCCUCCUGUUCUUCCUCAUACUCCUCCUUCUUCUCCUCAUCCUCCUCCUCCUCUCCUCAUCCUUCUCCUCCUCCUCUUCCUCCUCCUCCUCCUUCUACUCCUCCUCCUCCUCCUCUUCCUCCUUGUCCUCCUCCUCAUCAUCCUCCUCCUCCUCUCAGUCAGGUGACCCCUCAGAGGGUCUCAGUUCUAGUCUAAGUUCACCUGAUGGUUGUUAGAUCUGCGUUAUGAGGGUCCUGCAGGUGUCUCAUCUGAGACAGGUGUCCCUGUUGUCCUCAGGUUUGUCACGCUCUGGAGGACGUGGGGCGGGACAGCACGGCGUGGCAGCUGCGGGCGAGCCGACUCAUCGGAUCCAGAGCCUCCUUUCCUGUGGGGCCGAGGGAGGAUUUUGAUUGGCCCUCAGCCUGCGUGGAGAUGGAACAGCUGAUCACCUGCUGGACAGGUGGACCAAACCUGAGGGUCAAACAGACGCAGGAGGACGAGGGCGAGAGGGAACAGGCGAGGCCGCCACAGGAUGGCGCUCCAAACCCCCAGGCGGAGGGGAUGGUGGGGAAUCAGGAGAAUGGAGGACCAGCAGAGAUCGAGGAACAUCUGGACCCGCCCCCGGCGCUGGAGUGCGUCCCUCUGCCUUCAGGCCACAUUGCUCAGGUGAACUCGGUCCUCCUCUUGGGCGGGGGCGGUGGCGUUUUGGCCACGGGCUCCAGAGACUGGAACGUGAAGCUGUGGGACCUGAAGGCGGCCUGUGGAGUGUCGCUGCUGCACACGCUCGGAGGUCAGGGGGACUUCAGCACGCACCGCGGCUGGGUCUGGUGUUUGGCGUCCCGGGAUCAUCAGCUGGUGUCGGGGGGCUUCGACAGUACGGUGAGGCUGUGGGACCUGCAGGCGGGCGGAGCUAAGAGGGGUCUCAUCAGGGCGGGGGCCGCGGUCCUCUGUCUGUCCUGUCAGACUGACGUCCUGCUGGCCGGGACUUACGACAAGAGGGUCAACAUGUACGACACUCGAGGUGAGGAGAGAGCGCCACCUUCAGACACGAACGCCAUUAUUCAUUCAUUCAUAACCUGAACAUUCAUGUCAUCAUAACAAGAACACCUGACCUGACAUACCUGAUGACUCCGCCCUCACGUCUGUGUUCUCAGCUGCUCAGCCCCUGGUGAAAAGUAUCCGUCUCCAUGGUAACGCCGUCAUGUGCCUCGCCGCAGAUGACAGGUUCAUCAUCUCUGGGAGUAAAGACAGUACGGCGGCCGUCUACGACCGCAGGGCGGGCCGAGAGUUAAAGAGACUUCAGGUGGGUGGGCCUUCACACACGCACGUGCGCACACGCACACACACACACACAGUUUUCAGGUGUGUACAUGUGUGUGUGUGUUUUGUGGUGCCCCUCUAUUCAAAGACUUACGGCCUCUCUGCAGCUCAGCUCGUACCUUCAGUCCAUGAGCUUCAGCGGUCAUGAGGUGUGGGCGGGGGACAACAGCGGGAUGAUCCACUGCCUCUCCAUGCAGGGGGGGAGACUGGAACCCGUGUCCAGGUUUGACGUGGGACACAGAGGGAUGAUCACAGGUGUCCACAGGUCAGCUGGGAGUCUGUACACCUGUUCAUCCGACCGCACCGUCAAGGUAGGAGGAGCCUAAAUGAGUCGACUGUGUGGCAGACGGAGACGCUCUGAUUGGUUCUUGUCUUUCAGGUCCAUAUCCCGUCGUCUCCUCCGAAGACUUUGUCCAUUCAGCAUCAUGAUGCCGGAGUCAACGGAGUGAGUCCAACAUUCAGACACACGCACACACACACACACACACACACACACACACACACACACACUCAUGACCCCCCCUCCUUUCUCUCACCCCCCCAGCUGAGCGUGGAGGCGGGUGUCCUGGCCGUGGCGUCAGGUGACAUGUGUGUGGAGGUGUGGAGGCCGAAGAAGUGA